GCAUGACGGCGUGCCUCGGCCAGGCUGGGGCUGGGCGGGGAUUGGCUGAAGGGGCUGUAAUUCAGCGGUUUCCGGAGCUGCGGCGGCGUAGACCGGGAGGGGGAGCCGGGGGUUCCGACGUAGCAGCCGAGGGAACAAGCCCCAACCGGAUCCUGGACAGGCACCCCGGCUCGGCGCUGUCUCUCCCCCUCGGCUCGGAUAAGCCCUCCGGCCUGAGGGAGCCCCGUCGCCCGCCCCCGGCGCACGCGCAGCCCCGGCCUCUCGGCCUCUGCUGGAGAAACAGCAGGAUGGCCCAAUGGAAUCAGCUACAGCAGCUUGACACACGGUACCUGGAGCAGCUCCAUCAGCUCUACAGUGACAGCUUCCCAAUGGAGCUGCGGCAGUUUCUGGCCCCUUGGAUCGAGAGUCAAGAUUGGUCACAUGGCCAGAGCAAGAGCUCUGAAGCCUUUGUUCUGUUCUUUCCUAGAGUAAAUGCUUUCCUUGAUGAAUACAUUAGUUUUAAGGUGCCGCAGUUCAGUCCACAUCUCCAUGGUCUGCUACUGAUUUUCAUUCUCUUUCUCUUCUACUUACAGAGUAGGUAUCUUGAGAAGCCAAUGGAGAUUGCCCGGAUUGUGGCCCGGUGCCUGUGGGAAGAGUCACGCCUCCUACAGACGGCAGCCACUGCGGCCCAGCAAGGGGGCCAGGCCAACCACCCCACAGCAGCUGUGGUGACGGAGAAGCAGCAGAUGCUGGAGCAGCACCUUCAGGAUGUCCGGAAGAGAGUACAGGAUCUAGAACAGAAAAUGAAAGUGGUAGAGAAUCUCCAGGAUGACUUUGAUUUCAACUAUAAAACCCUCAAGAGUCAAGGAGACAUGCAAGAUCUGAAUGGAAACAACCAGUCAGUGACCAGGCAGAAGAUGCAGCAGCUGGAACAGAUGCUCACUGCGCUGGACCAGAUGCGGAGGAGCAUCGUGAGUGAGCUGGCGGGGCUUUUGUCAGCGAUGGAGUACGUGCAGAAAACUCUCACAGACGAGGAGCUGGCUGACUGGAAGAGGCGGCAACAGAUUGCCUGCAUUGGAGGUCCGCCCAACAUCUGCCUAGAUCGGCUAGAAAACUGGAUAACGUCAUUAGCAGAAUCUCAACUUCAGACCCGUCAACAAAUUAAGAAACUGGAGGAGUUGCAGCAAAAAGUGUCCUACAAAGGGGACCCCAUUGUACAGCACCGGCCGAUGCUGGAGGAGAGAAUCGUGGAGCUGUUCAGAAACUUAAUGAAAAGUGCGUUUGUGGUGGAGCGGCAGCCCUGCAUGCCCAUGCAUCCCGACCGGCCCCUUGUCAUCAAGACCGGCGUCCAGUUCACUACCAAAGUCAGGUUGCUGGUCAAAUUCCCUGAGUUAAAUUAUCAACUUAAAAUUAAAGUGUGCAUUGACAAAGACUCUGGGGAUGUUGCAGCUCUCAGAGGAUCCCGGAAAUUUAACAUUCUGGGCACAAACACCAAAGUGAUGAACAUGGAAGAGUCCAACAACGGCAGCCUCUCUGCAGAAUUCAAACACUUGACCCUGAGGGAGCAGAGAUGUGGGAAUGGGGGCCGAGCCAAUUGUGAUGUAAACCUAGAAAAGCGGGAAUCCUGGUCUUUGAUUCCUGAGACGUCCCUGUUUCAUGUGAAGAUACAGCUUCAAACCCACUCCUUGCCAGUUGUGGUGAUCUCCAACAUCUGUCAGAUGCCAAAUGCCUGGGCGUCCAUCCUGUGGUACAACAUGCUGACCAACAACCCCAAGAACGUAAACUUUUUUACCAAGCCCCCAAUCGGAACCUGGGAUCAAGUGGCCGAGGUCCUGAGCUGGCAGUUCUCCUCCACCACUAAGCGAGGACUGAGCAUCGAGCAGCUGACUACACUGGCGGAGAAACUCUUGGGACCCGGCGUGAAUUAUUCAGGGUGUCAGAUCACAUGGGCUAAAUUUUGCAAAGAAAACAUGGCUGGCAAGGGCUUCUCCUUCUGGGUCUGGCUGGACAAUAUCAUUGACCUUGUGAAAAAGUACAUCCUGGCCCUUUGGAAUGAAGGGUACAUCAUGGGCUUUAUCAGUAAGGAGCGGGAGCGGGCCAUCUUGAGCACCAAGCCUCCAGGCACCUUUCUGCUAAGAUUCAGUGAAAGCAGCAAAGAAGGCGGCGUCACUUUCACUUGGGUGGAGAAGGACAUCAGCGGUAAGACCCAGAUCCAGUCCGUGGAACCAUACACCAAGCAGCAGUUGAACAACAUGUCAUUUGCUGAAAUUAUCAUGGGCUAUAAGAUCAUGGAUGCUACCAAUAUUCUGGUGUCUCCGCUGGUCUAUCUCUACCCUGACAUUCCCAAGGAGGAGGCAUUCGGAAAGUAUUGUCGGCCAGAGAGCCAGGAGCAUCCUGAAGCUGACCCAGGCGCCGCCCCAUACCUGAAGACCAAGUUUAUCUGUGUGACACCAACGACCUGCAGCAAUACCAUUGACCUGCCGAUGUCCCCCCGCACUUUAGAUUCAUUGAUGCAGUUUGGAAAUAAUGGUGAAGGUGCUGAACCCUCAGCAGGAGGGCAGUUUGAGUCCCUCACCUUUGACAUGGAGCUGACCUCGGAGUGUGCUACCUCCCCCAUGUGAGGAGCUGAGAACGGAAGCUGCAGAAAGAUACGACUGAGGCGCCUACCCGUGUUCCGCCACCCCUCACACAGCCAAACCCCAGAUCAUCUGAAACUACUAACUUUGUGGUUCCAGAUUUUUUUUAAUCUCCUACUUCUGCUAUCUUUGAGCAAUCUGGGCACUUUUAAAAAUAGAGAAAUGAGUGAAUGUGGGUGAUCUGCUUUUAUCUGAAUGCAAAUAAGGAUGUGUUCUCUGAGACCCGUGAUCGGGGGAUGUGGCGGGGGGUGGCUAGAGGGAGAAAAAGGAAAUGUCUUGUGUUGUUUUGUUCCCCUGCCCUCCUUUCUCAGCAGCUUUUUGUUAUUGUUGUUGUUGUUCUUAGACAAGUGCCUCCUGGUGCCCGCGGCAUCCUUCUGCCUGUUUCUGUAAACAAAUGCCACAGGCCACCUGUAGCUACAUACUCCUGGCAUUGCACUUUUUAACCUUGCUGACAUCCAAAUAGAAGAUAGGACUAUCUAAGCCCUAGGUUUCUUUUUAAAUUAAGAAAUAAGAACAAUUAAAGGGCAAAAAACACUGUUUCAGCAUAGCCUUUCUGUAUUUAAGAAACUUCAGCAGCCAGCCGCAGGGACUCACGCCUGUAAUCCCAGCACUUUGGGAGGCCGAGGUGGGUGGAUCAUGAGGUUAGGAGAUCAAGACUGUCCUGGCUAACACGGUGAAACCCCGUCUCUACUAACAGUACAAAAAAUUAGCCGGGCGUGGUGGCGGGUGCCUGUAGUCCCAGCUACUCGGGAGGCUGAGGCAGGAGAAUGGCGUGAACCCAAGAGGCGGAGGUUGCAGUGAGCCAAAAUCACACCACUGCACUCCAACUCAGGCAACAGUGUGAGACUCCAUCUCGAAAAAAAAGAAAAAGAAAAAGAAACUUCAGUUAACAGCCUCCUUGGUGCUUUAAGCAUUCAGCUUCCUUCAGGUUGAUAAUUUAUAUAACCCCUGAAACAGGCUUCAGGUCAAACCCUUAAAAGACAUCUGAAGCUGCAGCCUGGCCUUUGGUGUUGAAAUAGGAAGGUUUAAGGAGAAUCUAAGCAUUUUAGACUUUUUUUUAUAAGUAGACUUUUAUUUUCCUUUGUAAUGUAUUGGUCUUUUAGUGGGUAAGGCUGGGCAGAGGGUGCUUACAACCUUGACUCCCUUUCUCCCUGGACUUGAUCUGCUGUUUCAGAAGCUAGGUUGUUUCUGUGGGUGCCUUAUCAGGGCUGGGAUACUUCUGAUUUGGGCUUCCUUCUUGCCCCGCCCUCCCGACCCCAGUUCCCCUGACCCUGCUAGUGGCAUGUCUCCUCCCAUGUCUGAAGGUCCCUCGUCCUAUUUGUUUUAGGAAUCCUGGUCUCAGGACCUCAUGGAAGAAGAGGGGGAGAAAGUUACCAGUUGGAUAUGAUGCAGACUAUGGGGCCCCAGCGACGUGUCUGGUUGAGCUCAGGGAAUAUGGUUCUUAGCCCAGUUUCUUGGUGAUUUCCAGCGGCAUUUGUAAUGGCGUCUUCAUUCAGUUCAUGCAGGGCAAAGGCUUACUGAUAAACUUGAGUCUGCCCUCGUAUGAGGGUUAUAGCUGGCCUCCCUCUGAGGCUGGUGACUCCUCCCUGCUGGGGCCCCACAGGUGAGGCAGAACAGGUAGAGGGCCUCCCCGUCUGCCCGCCUUGGCCAGCUAGCUUGCCUCUCCUGUGCGUAUGGGAACACCUAGCACGUGCUGGGUGGGCUGCCUCUGACCCAGAGGCAUGGCCGAAUUUGGCGACUCAAAACCACCUUGCCUCAGCUGAUCAGAGUUUCUGUGGAAUUCUGAUUGUUAGAUCAAAUUAGCUGGUCUCUGAAUUAAGUGGGAGAGGACCUUCUCUAAGAUGAACCGGGUUCGCCCCAGUCCUCCUGCCUGGAGACAGUUGAUGUGUCUUGCGGAGCUCUCGCUUCUCCAGCAACACUCUUCAGUACAUAAUAAGCUUAACUGAUAAACAGAGAGAAUAUUUAGGAAGGUGAGUCUUGGGCUUACCAUUGGGUUUAAAUCAUAGGGACCUCGGGAAAGGGUUUGGGCUUCUCUGGAGCAGAUAUUCUCAAGUUCAUGGCCUUAGGUAGCAUGUGUAUCUGGUCUUAACUCUGAUUGUAGCAAAAGUUCUGAGAGGAGCUGAGCCUUGUUCUGGCCCCUUAAAGAACAGGGUCCUCAGGCCCUGCCCGCUUCCUGUCCAUUGCCCCCCUGCCCGUCCCCAGCCCAGCUGAGGGAAUCCCGUGGGUUGCUUACCUACCUAUAAGGUGGUUUAUAAGCUGCUGUCCUGGCCACUGCAUUCAAAUUCCAAUGUGUACUUCAUAGUGUAAAAAUUUAUAUUAUUGUGGGGUUUUUUGUCUUUUUUUUUUUUUUUUUUUUUGGUAUAUUGCUGUAUCUACUUUAACUUCCAGAAAUAAACGUUAUAUAGGAACCGUC